CAUGUACCGAAGUACGUCUUUGAGGCACCCGAGAUACCAGUAACGGUCAACCACAAGAAGGUCGAGCUGCCAGUCAAACAAAUUGUCUCGGGUCACACCAUCAAGCCAAGUGGCACACUGCUCAAUCCUCACAGCCUUGACUACUAUUAU